AUGCCACGUAUAAAUAAUGAAGAAGAGGGCGCAAAGAUGAAACGGGGCAAGGGCAAAUUCGAACCAGUAUUUGUCCUAUCCGGCUUUAAAACUAAAGCAGACGCUAAAGACUUUGUGAAAGUGAUUGAUGGUUCUCAUGUUAGAGGCAUAUUCAUAACUGAAUACAAUAAACUCAAAAAAUGGGAAGAUAAGAUGUAUUAUAAAGGCGUCUUAAGGCGCAUAAUCUCAGUAAAAGCGAACUUUAUAUCUAAACAUUCCGACUCGGGAUUAUGGUGGAAGCAGGAGAACGAUUGGAUAGCCCAUUGGUAUACAACCGAGAACGAACAGCUUGAAAUGGCCUUGAGAGAUGGCUGGAAGGUUGAUGGGAGGGAUAUAGUUCGGCAUAAAGUCUUGGAACUCAAUUAUGUACCUGCUACUAAACGGCCGUCGAAACUUUCAAAGAGAACGUUUGAUAACGUCAAGAAGGCCAUAUGGGAAGUUGGCGGCGGCGGCGAUCAAGCAGUUGAGGAUCGGGAUCGGUGGGCAAAAAACGACGAAUUUGGAUAUCGAGCAGAGAUGAAUAAGAGGAGGAAGGAUGGCAUGCUUGCGUUUGAUUUUGGGCAAAGUGCGGAUUUACCUAUUUCAUUGCUAGCAACAGAUCCAAAGACCAAGUAUGCAGAAAAGAAAAAGGCUUUUAGAGAACGAAUGAGAGCCAUUCUCGAACCACGAUUCAUGCCGAGCUCCUAA